AUGGAUAACAAGUCGUACUUGGUUCAGAUGAAUGGGAAUGGAGUCCACGGAAAAAGCACCAUCAAUGGCAAAAGCCUGAAUGGGACCGGAGUCAAUGGCAAAGGAGUGCAUGGGAACGGCAUCCACCACGUCAGUGUGAAUGGCAGUUUGUAUCCGGCCAAAGCCAAGAGCCGCAGGCAGAGAUGGGACGUGAAGUCCUCAGAGAUGGCCAAAAACACACUCAAUCCCAUCAGGGCCAUUGUGGACGGGAUGAAAAUCACCCCGAACCCAGACAAACCCAUGAUUGCACUCUCCAUAGGGGAUCCCACUGUGUUUGGAAACCUGCCUACAGAUGAUUCAGUGCUUCAGGCCAUGAAAGAUGCCAUAGACUCCCAAAAAUACAACGGCUAUGCUCCCUCUGUUGGUUACCUGAAGAGCCGGCAGGCAGUGGCCAACUUCUACAGCUGCCCCGAGGCUCCCCUAGAGGCAGAGGAUGUGAUUUUGACCAGCGGCUGCAGUCAGGCCAUUGACCUGGCUAUCAGUGUUCUGUGUAACCCGGGGGACAACAUCCUGGUCCCAUGCCCAGGCUUCUCCUUAUAUAAGACUUUGGCUGUCUCCAUGGGCAUUGAGGUCAAACUCUACAACCUGCUGCCAGACAAGUCAUGGGAGGCUGACCUGCAACACCUGGAGAGCCUGAUUGACGAGAGGACAUCCUGUCUGAUCGUUACCAAUCCAUCCAACCCAUGUGGCUCCGUCUUCACCAAGGAACACCUACAGAAGAUCAUCAAAGUGGCCUCCAGACACUGUGUCCCCAUUCUGGCUGAUGAAAUCUACAGUGAUAUGGUUUUCCCAGGUUCCGCCUGUCCGUCCAUGGCGUCUCUCAGCAGUGACGUUCCCAUCCUUUCCUGCGGCGGCUUGGCUAAACGCUGGCUGGUCCCCGGUUGGAGGAUGGGAUGGAUCCUCAUCCAUGACAGGAAUGACAUAUUUGGAUCUGAGAUUCGUCAGGGUCUGGUGAAACUGACCCAGCGUAUUCUGGGAGCCUGCAGCAUCGUUCAAGGUGCCCUGGAGAGCAUCCUCAACAACACACCUCAAAGCUUCUACAACAACACCAUCAGCUUCCUAAAGUCCAACUCAGAGAUCUGUUACAAUGAGCUGUCGACCAUCCCCGGCCUGAACCCCGUCAUGCCUUCAGGGGCCAUGUACCUCAUGGUGGGGAUUGACAUGGACCGCUUUCCAGAUUUUAAGAACGAUGUGGACUUCACUGAACGGCUGGUGACCGAGCAGUCUGUCUUCUGUCUACCUGCCUCAGCGUUUGAGUAUCCGAACUUCUGUCGCAUUGUGGUGACGGUGCCGGAGGAGAUGAUGGUGGAGGCUUGUGCUCGAAUCAGGGAGUUUUGCCAGCGCCACUAUCGGCCCAGCAGCCGCGACAGCAAUGAUCUGGACCAGUGAUGCAGCAGAGAGGCACCAGACCGACAGCAUGGACCGUGUGGAGAGCAAAGCCUGGAGGAAGAACCAAUUGAUUGUCACACACGCAGAGCUGAAGUCAGCUUUGAAAUUUUAUUCCACCGCAUUAUGAAGUUAGAGGUGUAAAAAUCUGAUAUCAAAACUGUGUUAAUAGUCACCACUGUGGCAACAAAAAGCUUGGAAGCAAGCUAUCUGAUGGUCCAUUGAUGGUGUAAUUUUUGAUGUAAACCAUAUGAAAUGAGCAGACCUAAUAUUUAUAUUUUAUACAGGAAACUUAUAUUAACCUCCACUUGUCUUUGUGUAUUUAUAUAAUUUGUGUAACGCUUUGUAUAUCUAUGUAAUGUAACGUCUUUUAUAUCAACUGCAGGAUGGUAGACUCUACUGUAUACUGUACACACCAGCUGGCUUCUUUGUGGUCAUAAUUAGGGAAAGCAGAUUUUGUAUUUGAACAUCCAUUUUAGGAAAUGUUAUGAACUGAUAAUCAUCUGCAUACUUUGCUAGAAAACAAUUCUCUUCAUCAGAACAUUCUUGUAUAUUUUUUAUGUAUAUUAAUUGUGUGUCACAU